GGCUGCUUCUGUCGUUCUCUCGCCGUCAUUUCGCAGCCUCCAUCUGCCCGGCUCGCACUCACCUGUGCAGUCCUUGACAUUAACGCAUCCGCUCCUCCCUGUCCCUCCGCUCGCUCUCGUUUCCCUUCUCCUCGUGCAUCCAUCUGUCCACGCUCGGCGCCGCAUCGGCAAACCCCGCCGUCUCAGUCUUUGCAAAAGCCGGCCCAUCCCGUCCAUCCCGUCCAUCCCGUCCAUCCCGUCCAUCCCGUCCAGUCCAUCCCGUCCAUCCCGUCCAUCCCGUCCAUCCAGCCCAGCCCGAGUCCAAGAAGCCUUUGGAUCCACUCGACGCUCAAUCCGCAGCAAGCGACGCCACCGAAACCUCGUCCGUCUGCACCCUCUCAAGCGACUCGCCCCCGGCAAGCACCCAACGUUCCCAAGACACCGAAUCGCCCGAAUCCCGCGAGCCACCUGCCCACCCGCCAAACGACACACCCGCCAACAUGAGCCUGCCGGCCAAGUACGAGACGCAGAUCCAGGAGAUGAAGAGACUGUUCCUGGAGUUUGCCGAGCAGGAGGAUCCGAAGCUGUGGACGCUGGUGGCCACCCAAAAGGAGCACCCGCAGCUCGAGGUCUACAAGUAUAACCGCGCCGACAACUGCUUCAAGGUUAUCGCCUACGUCCAGGCAAGCACCGAGACGGCGUUCAACAUGCUCGCAGACAUCCAAGUCCGGAGUCAAUGGGACGAGAUGUGCAUCGAUGCGGGCAUCAUCGAGAACUUGGGUCCCGACUCGCGCAUCCAGUUCAUGACGACCAAGGGCAUUUGGCCAGUCUCGUCGCGGGACGCUCUGGUGCUGGCUCAUGUCGAGGACCUGGGUGACGGACGGUACCUUAACGUCACGCAGUCGACCGAACACGACGGCUUCCCGGAUCAAGCGGGGAUCAUCCGGAUGCACUGCCAGAUUGCCGGGCAGAUUGUCGGGCCGGUGGAUGCGACCGAGAUGAUGGCCCGGGGAUUCGUGCCCCCGAGCGUUGGCGAGAAGAUGUGCAAGGUGAUUCAAGUGGCCGACGGCAACCUCAAGGGCUGGAUCCCGGCCUCGGUGAUCAGCUUUGUGGCUACACAGGCAGUGCCCAUGAGCAUCAAGACCCUGAACAAGAUCCUGAUCCAGAAGGAAGCUGAGAAGAAGCAGGAGAAGGGCAAGGGCAGGGUAUCGGAGCCAGCAGAGUCUGCACUCCUGUCGGCCCCAGCCAAGCAGGGCCGAGCACCGUCAUCGCCACGCCCGUCGGCAGCGCCCAAGGUCGAGUCGAGCAAGCCAGAGCCAGUCCGGACGGACGACGGAGCCCUGGCAAAGGCCGGGCUCAGCGGCGUCCCAGAAGCAGCCGGGGCACCGUCGUCCAGCCGAGUGCCUCGCAAUGCUUCGUUCCAACAGAUAUCCAGCUCGACGACGACGACGACGACGACGACAACGACGCCGAUCAAGAUGGGCCCGAUCGCCGUGGUAACCUCGACCGGCCGUUCACAGUUUUCGCUGUCGCGCUACAUCGUUGGGUUUGUGGGUCGUUUGCGGAUGGUACUGGACUGGGGGUCGCCAUUCAUGGUUGCGAUCAUGUUUACUGUGUUUGUGUGGAGAAGCAUUCGCAAGGGCCGUGGCUAUAGAUCGUCUUGAUGGCGAUGUGGACGCAUGGACUCGAUUCACGGGCCAAUCUUGCAGGACAGACUCCUGCAGCUCACCCAGAAGACCCAAAGCGAAUGCAGUCCGAGAAAUGGAUCCUGAAUACACUGUUUCGAAACGAAA